GCGCGCCCCGCCCCGCCCAGUAUCCCCAGCAGCCAAUGAGCGCGCGGGGCUCCCGGCGCCCCCUGGGACGUGUAGUCCGGCCCUGGGUGCCCCCGGGCGCUGUCGUGCGCCCCCAGACUCCACGUCCCGUCGUGCGCCAGGCGGCGAGGGGAUUGGCCGGGCCCCGCCCCCGGCCCGCCCCGCUCGGCUCGCGCCGCAGCCCCAAGAAUGAAUGAAAUCGUAGCGCGCUGGGCGGCAGAGCGGGCGGCGCAGGCCGGGCUGGGCCCGCGCGCGGCGGCGGCAGCGGCGCCCCGGGCCGGAGGCGGCCCAGCUGAGCGGGCCAUGGCCACCGCCAUUCAGAACCCGCUCAAGUCCCUAGGCGAGGACUUCUACCGAGAGGCCAUAGAGCACUGCCGCAGCUACAACGCCCGCCUGUGUGCGGAGCGCAGCCUGCGGCUGCCAUUCCUCGACUCACAGACCGGAGUGGCCCAGAACAACUGCUACAUCUGGAUGGAGAAGACCCACCGCGGGCCGGGUUUGGCCCCGGGACAGAUCUACACGUACCCCGCACGCUGCUGGAGAAAGAAACGGAGACUCAACAUCCUGGAGGACCCCAGGCUCAGGCCCUGCGAGUACAAGAUUGACUGUGAGGCACCCCUGAAGAAGGAGGGAGGCCUCCCAGAAGGGCCAGUCCUUGAGGCUCUCCUGUGUGCUGAGACAGGAGAGAAGAAGAUUGAGUUGAAGGAGGAGGAGACCAUUAUGGAUUGCCAGAAACAGCAGCUGCUGGAGUUCCCACACGAUCUCGAGGUGGAGGACUUGGAGGAUGACAUCCCUAGGAGGAAGAACAGGGCCAAGGGAAAGGCAUAUGGCAUCGGGGGCCUUCGGAAACGCCAGGACACCGCUUCCCUAGAGGACCGAGACAAGCCGUAUGUCUGUGAUAUCUGUGGGAAGCGGUAUAAGAACCGGCCGGGGCUCAGCUACCACUACACCCACACCCACCUGGCUGAGGAGGAGGGUGAGGAGAACGCUGAACGCCACGCCCUGCCCUUCCAUCGAAAAAACAACCACAAACAGUUUUACAAAGAAUUGGCCUGGGUCCCUGAGGCACAGAGGAAACACACAGCUAAGAAGGCACCUGAUGGCACUGUCAUCCCCAACGGCUACUGUGACUUUUGCCUUGGGGGCUCCAAGAAGACAGGGUGUCCUGAGGACCUCAUCUCCUGUGCCGACUGUGGGCGAUCAGGCCACCCCUCGUGUUUACAGUUCACGGUGAACAUGACGGCAGCUGUGCGGACCUACCGCUGGCAGUGCAUUGAGUGCAAGUCCUGCAGCCUGUGUGGCACCUCGGAGAACGAUGGUGCCAGCAGGGCGGGUCUCGCCCCCCAGGACCAGCUGCUGUUUUGUGAUGACUGCGAUCGAGGUUACCACAUGUACUGUCUGAGUCCCCCCAUGGCGGAGCCCCCAGAAGGGAGCUGGAGCUGUCACCUCUGCCUUCGGCACCUAAAAGAGAAGGCCUCUGCCUACAUCACCCUAACCUAGGCCUGGAUCUCGCUCCCCAGAACCUCUGGGGUGGUGGUGCUGCUGCCUGUCUGCCUCUUGGACCUCCUCCUCCCCCCCUGCCCCCCAUCGCCCCAUAGUGGGAGGAGGUGAAGGGAGGCCUGAGAGGGGGCUGGGUCACCCCCUUUCCUCUGUGCAAGUGGAAUGUUGGCCCUGGGCCGGUGGGCCUGGCGGGGCUCCUCUCCCCCCUUUCCUCCUUCCCCAUCCCUUGGCAAAUGGGUGCCAGGGACUUCUGCUCCUCUUAAAGCCAUACCCCGCCUCUGGGCGGGCACAAGGGGCAGCAGAUGCCACCUGGGGGUGUGGACACAGCCUUUUUCUAAAGAAAAAGUCAAAAAGUUAAAAAAAAAAAAGUAAUAUAUACAAAGAGUCCUAUGAGGCCUGGCUGGGUGCUGCCAUAGAGUGGGCACCCCGGCUCUGCCAGUUUCCUUCCUGGUGGUGGUGGGGGCUACUUCCCCAGUUUCUUGAGCUGCAGUGGUCCCACCCCCCGCCAGGGUGGGCACCAUUCCCCUUCUUUACUGGGGCAGUGGGCCUGCUGUGUGCCCCUGGCCCUCGCGGUGCCCCCUGUGGAUACUGCAUGACAUGAACCAUGGUUUUGAACUCUGAUCCUGCUCCCUCCCCAGUGCCCUGCCUGGCCUCGGGCUGCCUGCUGGCUCCUGGGCAGGCUCUUUGGCUGGCUGGCUGGUGGGGGCUCAGUGGGCCCUGCCCAGUGCCCACUGGAAUGAGAAGCACAGACUUUGCUAUGGACUAGUCUUUCCCCCUCCCCUGCCCCAUCCCCCUGCUCACCAGCCAGGGCUGCCUCCUGCCUCCCUCCCUGGCCAUUUUUGGGGAUGGUGAGGGGGCCUGGUUGUUUCUUGUGGUUGUGUGUGUUUGUUGUUCGGAUUAAAAAAAAAAAAAAGGGAAACUGAGACUGCAAGCGGGAGGGGGGAGGUGGUGGGCAUGGGGGGCCUCCCCCCAAUCUGGGCGUGCCCCCCCUCUUGUAAAUGGGUCUCCUUUAUUGCCUGCCUCUGCUGUGAAUUAACUUGUUCUGUGUAUUAAACUGGACCUGACCCCUC